AAUGUCACAGAUGACAAUUGACAUUUCAUAGUUUGAAGACUUUGAGGUUAUCCAGCAGUGUCACAUUACAGCAUGUUUUUGUUGUAUUUACAAAAUAAAAGCUCAAUUAUAUUAAAAUGGUUGCUUUAAGUGCUUUUGAAGAUAUUAAAGCAGACUUACAAGAGAUAGAGAAACUUAGUUUACCAGAAUUUAAGCAGACUCCUCUGAAAGUUUGCUACACUAAUGAUAACAAUACUGAAACUACAUACGAUGGAUCGGGACCUCCAUUACCAUUUGCUGCCAGCAAGAUAUACGAUGCAGAUAUUCUAACAUGGAAACGACUUACCGCAGCGAAUGAAGACUGACAGCAAUUUCACAUUCAAGGCUGAUGAUACAGUAGGCAUUACACCUCAGAAUGAUGACUCAGACAUUUGUUUCAUUGUGAAUCACCUCAAUUUAGCCUCCACAGUAGACCUGCCUUACUCUAUCAUCAUAGAAUCUAAUAUAAAAGGAAGUAAGCUUCCCAUACACAUUCCUGUAAAGUCUACAUUGAGGCAUGUAUUGACGUACUGUGUGGAACUAAGGAGUCUCUUGAAAAAGGCUUUCCUUUUAGCUUUAUCUAGAUACACCAAGGAUGAUGAAGAAAGAAAGAUUCUUGAAUAUUUAUGCAGUAAAGAAGGUUCAGCAGCAUACACCAAUCAUGUUCUAAACAAAAGACUUUGUAUACUGGAUAUAUUUAGUAUAUUCAAAACAUGUAAACCUCCUAUUGAGGUUUUACUGGGAAAUCUACCGAGGCUACUGCCAAGACCUUAUUCUAUAGUUAAUAGUGGUUUAAAGAAUAAUAAAGUGAUGAAAAUUUGCUUCUCGGUGAUGACCAGCAACAACCGAAAAGGACUCACAACUGGGUGGCUAGAGAGACUAAUAUUGAAUAGAGAAGCAACACUAGAAAAUGGAUUUAAAAAUAUGAGCAUUUCUAUAGAAUCUCAGAAUAAACAAAAAGUCUCAAUAUAUCUUAGGAAAAAUUUCAGCAUGUUUUGUUUACCAGAAAACUUAGAAAAACCACUGAUUCUAAUUGGGCCAGGCACUGGAGUAUCACCUUUUAUUGGGUUCUUAGAGGAAAGAGAAUUUUUAAAGGAAACCAAUCAGGAUAUACAGUUUGGUGAUAUUUACUUAUACUUUGGAUGCAGAAAUCCAAAAUUAGAUUUUAUUUAUGAAGAACAAUUGAACAAUUAUUUGACAAGAGGGACAUUGAAUAAACUUUUUACUGCAUUUUCCAGAGUUAAUUCUGAAAAAAAGUACAUUCAGGAUGCUUUAACUGAAAGUGGAAAGGAAGUCGUCAAACUCAUCAAGGAAGGUGCACAUGUCUACAUUUGUGGAGAUUUAAAUACAAUGGCUGUGGAAGUCAAGGAAAUAUUAAUUAACUGUUUAGUAGAACAUGGGGACAUGACCUUAGAAGAAGCUAAGGCGAAGAUAUCUUAUAUGCAGAAAGAACACCAAUAUGUAGUUGAUGCUUGGAGUUAAUAUAAAUACAGCUAUUAUGUAGCACAAUGUUAAAGUAAUAUAUUUAUUUGUAAAUAUGUAUGUAACG